AUGACUCUGAAAACUGCCCGAUACGUCGAGCAUUUCUUCUCGGGCAAGAAGAGGGCUUCAAACUCCAGACCACCUCGCUUUCUGGCUUUUCGCUCCUCGAGCACAUUUAUCCUCGCCGCUGUUUGCAUCGCCAUCUUCACCGACAUCCUGCUCUACGGCAUCAUUGUCCCAGUUAUUCCAUUCGCCUUAACCAGUCGUGUUGGCGUCGCUGAGGACUCCGUCCAAAGAUGGAAUGCGAUCCUCUUGGCAACAUAUACCAUCGCUCUUUUCAUCGGCAGCCCCCUGGUCGGGCUCUACGCUGACCACACGUCGUCGAGGAGAUGGCCUCUACUCAUUGGCUUGGUUUCUCUGGCGGGCUCGACCAUCAUCCUGUGCCUGGGAAGGACCAUCGCCCUCCUUGUUAUUGGCAGGAUACUGCAAGGCUUGAGCGCAGCUAUCGUGUGGACUGUGGGAUUGGCCUUGAUGGUUGAUACCGUGCCGGACAAGAUUGGUGAGGCAAUGGGAUACUCGGCAAUCGCUAUGUCCUUGGGCCUCCUCGUCUCGCCUGCCAUUGGAGGGGCCGUCUUUGCUGCCGCGGGAUACUACGCUGUGUACUAUAUUGCCUUUGGAUGCAUUUUUCUGGACAUUAUUCUCCGCUUGGUUCUUAUCGAGAAGAAAAUAGCUAGCCAGUGGGUGAGCGAUGAAGGCGGGUCACCAGAUCCUGAGCAAGAAGCGGCUGGUCCAUUGGCUGCUGGCCGAACUGCUGCCGAAACAACCGAAAUACCCGAAGCAUCAGGAAUUAGCAUGGCACACGAUGAGAAGGCAGUGGAUGGGACAAAUACAUGCCACGAUAGCAGCGAUGGGGUCAUUGACAGUGAAGCUACUGCUGUGCCACCAACAGCACCGUCCAUCGUCGCAAGUGGAAGGACGGCAAAGCAUCCCAAAUUGCGCCUUCUGAAGUCGCGACGUCUUCUAGCUGCCAACUUUGGAAUCAUCAUCCAGGCCGGUGCGAUGAUCUCAUGGGACACCGUCCUCCCGCUCUUCGUGAAGAACACCUUCGGCUGGUCAUCGACAGCAGCAGGCCUGAUCUUCUUCUGCAUCUUCAUCCCGGGCUUCAUCUCCCCGGUCGUAGGCUGGGUGUGCGACCGCUAUGGUGCCAAGUGGCCCUCGACCGCCGGCUUCGCCGUCUCCAUCCCUUUCCUGGUCUGCCUGCGCUUUGUCACAGACAACACCAUCGGCCACAAGGUCCUCCUGGGCGCCCUGCUUGCGCUCAUUGGAGUCACACUGACGUUCGCCAAUACGCCACUUAUGGCCGAGAUCACGUACGCGAUCGACGCAGAGGAGGCCGCCAGCCCUGGAAUAUUUGGCAAGAAUGGCGUGUAUGGGCUCGGCUACGGGCUGUUCUGCACAUCGUUCGCGCUCGGAGGCUCCGUAGGCAGCUUGAUGUCUGGAUACGUGAUGGAUGAUUCCGGCUGGGGCACGUUGACCUGGGUCCUCGGCGUAUGGAUGGCCAGCGGGGCGGUCGUCGUUGCCUUAGGCGUGGGAGGAGGCAAAACAGCGGCCACCAAGGGGAGUCCCGAGGCUGCUGGUGCUGACAUUGAAAGCUCAGCGGGAUCACGAGACCCAUGA